GUUGGUGAGAGCAGCUGAAGCAGAGAAAGGAGUUGGUUAUAUGGGAUAUUCCAUAUAGUUCACCGACAAUAAACAAACCACAGCAGAAUCAUGGAGCUUGUGGCUGUUAUGAAGAUGGCCUUAUCACCACUGUAUGAGGAGAUUUUACAUGCUUAUUAUAAUCACUUGGAACUUCUUGCUGUAGUGGGAGCCUUGUACGCGGCUCAGAAAGGCCUUUAUUUGCUGUGCGGCUGUUACCGUGCAAUCACAUUUCACAUCAGCAUUCGUAUGUUCAGUAAAACUUUCCUGGCCAGACAAUAUGGAGGGUGGGCUGUUGUGACUGGGGCCACGGAUGGUAUUGGGAAAGCAUACGCGGAAGAGCUGGCAAGCUUUGGCAUAAAUAUUAUCCUGAUCAGCCGCAAUAGAGAUAAAUUACAAAUGGUAUCGGAGUCCAUUUCUACAACCUAUGGAGUUAAAACCAGCUUCAUAGAGGCCGAUUUCAACAAGGGCCGUGAAGUGUUUCCUGCCAUUAAGGAGGCCUUGAAAGAUGUUGAUGUCGGUAUCUUGGUGAACAACGCUGGGGUGUGCUAUGAGUACCCCCAGUAUGUAACAGAUGUUCCAGAGGAUAAAAUAUGGGAGAUCAUCAAUGUCAACAUUGCUGCAACCACUAUGAUGCUGCACAUAGUGCUGCCGGGUAUGGUACAGCGAAAGAAAGGAGCAAUUAUCAAUGUGGCCUCUGCUAGCGCCCGCAUAGUAUGCCCUCAAUUAACCAUAUAUGCUGCUUCCAAGACUUACCUGGACAAUUUAACUGAAGCUUUAUACCAUGAAUACUCUUCCAAAGGAAUUUUUAUACAGAGCCUGACCCCAGUUUUUGUGGCUACAAACAUGAUAAGCCCAAUGUGUACAUUUUUUAAGAGAACGUCCAUACUGGUUCCACUAGCAAAAGACAUAGCCUAUCAAGCUGUUAGGACCAUAGGACUAUGCCGAAGGACAACAGGAUCUUAUUCUCACUCACUCCAGAUUUUCUUGGGAAAUACUCUUCCAGAGUGGGCAUGGAUUUCCAUCGUAAACUUGGUCUGUAGAGCCAUUCGCAGUAGCCAUUUUGCCAACAAGAAAAAGAAGAUUGUCCUCCAGCAGAACACGACAGAUUCUCUUCUCAGCAAUAUUAAGUAGAUGUUGUUUAUCUACCCUCAAUAAUAAACUUGGUGAAUGUUAGACACCC